UGCAGCAGAGAUGAAGAUGGUCAGCUUUGGUGUGGGAUUACUUUUAAGUCUCAUCUUUACCUUUCUUGCCUCCAGUUGGGCAAUUCCAUUUCAAAUUCAGUCUUGUCCUGCUUCAGUUCCUCCCAGCCUUGUUGGAGAAUAUUAUUACACUGGUAUUGCUAGUCUACCAAUUUGUCCUCCAACCAACAGUAGCUCUGAUAGUAUUGGCUAUCGCUGGAGAUACACCAUUCCAAGUGGCGGUUAUGCCUUCUCAUCUGUGGAAUAUUCUCAAGAUGAAGUGUGCCUCCUUAGUAACAGGCAUCUCAUUAUUAGGCGGGAAUUCUUUAAGAAUAGAGCUAGGGGGAGCAUGACCUUUAGAACUGUUUCAACUAGAUCUAAUUGUGAUAUCUUACAAAUACAAUAUGCUCCUGAAGGAAUCUAUCUUAUGCAGCCAUCAAACAGCACUGUAACUAUCACUGAAAAUGAUUCCAUUAGUCUAAUAUUCCUCGUGUACAUUGACUAUAAGACUAUGCACUCCAUAAAGUUCUACAAAGUGAUGCCAAAUGGUGAGGAGACUCUUGCAGAUCCUCACGUAUUCCGUGAGAACCCAUUUCCACCAAACUAUUGUCACUUGGAACCGGAAUCAGCAUUUGGAUACAGGCCAUUAGUGUUACCAAUCGUUGUUUUUCGUCCUCAUGCUAAUGAUACUGGCAACUAUAGUGCUGUGGUGACACUCAAAUCCUCUCAUAAAUACACAGCUAACAUCACACUUAACAUAGUAGAUCUAGUUUAGGUAAUUCAAUGAUAAAAAGGUAAAACCAGUCACAGAAGUUAAACCAAAAAA